CGCAUCUGACACAAGGAUAUUUUCCUCGGUGAGUCUCUGAACGUAGUCAUCGUACUCCUCCAGUCUGCUCCGGUGAUGGCUCGUUUCUUCCUUGUCUUCCUCAUCAUCAUCUGUGAAACGAAUAUGCGUUGGGGCCGGUGCGGAGUCAUCAAGCAGCUGAAAUAGCUCACAAUCGCCGAAAUCAACUUCAGCCAUUUUUACCCAGCCACUACGAAAGCAUCUAUCCUUCGAAUGCAUUGGUCCUCCUUAUGUCACGUGUAAAGUAGACGUGACGUGGUUGGAAGGAGAAGUUGACUGGGUUUAUUUAGCCCACCACAUUGUAUUACAGGUUACAGAAAUCCAACAAAAAGAGAAAAAACUCUGCUGCUUCUAUAUCUCCUCAGAUUACUAUGUGUAAAUGUAUAAGUUACACAAACCAUACAUCACAAAGAAGACCACACAGGGUAAGCAAAAAAGGAGCCACUCUCGUAUAUUAUAUGUUAUAGCCGCUUCUUUAGUCCGUAAUACAGCGGUGAGGGCUUACAAAACUGCUUGUUUCAAACCGUACUCUUCUGUUCCGUUGAGUCCGUUUCAUUUGUUUGUUCCAACCUUUUGACUUCUUUAGCUUCGUUUACAGUAUUUUGGUAAACCAUUUAGUCUUUCUACAGGACUGGACACAAUUUUGAGUAAGUGAGAAGCUUACUUUGCUUCCAGUAAUGUCAAGUUGCCCAACUAUCCACUUAACCUUACCGCAGUGGGACGGGGGCGCACGGAAGAUUCGGUUCAUUCACCUGGUGAAUCUGACAUCGUUCAGGCUGACAGAGUGUCCCAACAAGAGUCCAAUGGUCCCUCUCUAUUUAGGAGCUGAUCUCUUCUCCAACACAGACAUCCGCACUGAGAACCAUCCAAGACACCACGCUAAGUUUGCCAAGAAAGGAUUUGCAACAAAAAUAUUUUUUUCCUCAGCAUUCAGGUUCCAUGGCUUGAAGGUACCUACUGCAAGUAACAGCCUCUGGUUCUACAGCGUUCAAGGACUUUUUCGAGUAGCCUUUGAGAUGUACAGUAAGCAAGAGCAGCUUGCUGUACUAGAGAACUUCCAGGAUGUUUGGAAAUCGCAGAUAAAUGACAGCCCUCUGAAAAUGAGUUACAGCCUCAGUGUGCAGCUCGACUUCGCACUGUGCAGCAGCCUGCAUGAGACAGAAUCAAGGAAUGAAUCAUCACAACCUCAGCAGUGCCAGGUUGUCAGGGAUUCGGUGGAGGUAUGUGGCAGUGACACAGGUGAUACAUCAGCAGAUCACGAUUAUUGUUCUUUCCCCGAGCGGAGCUUGCAAACCGAGCAAAGCCAACUGGUAUCCACAGUGAGACAAAAAUUGCACAGCUUGGAUGACAAACUCUCAUGUGAGACUCAAAGCUACACAGAACAGCUGGAGACUGUCUUGCUGCUUUUGGAAAACAUUGAUCAGUACAUAAAUGGGACUCUAGAAGAAAAGGAUGUGACAAAAACUGUGCUAGCCCUGCUAAAGGCCAAAGACUGGGGCUGUGUGUAUUCAAGUUCCCUGCUUUGCGGUAUAGGAUGCUGGCUAGGUCAACAAUUUCAUGCAGCCAACAGCAGCAUCAGCCAGAAAGUGGAGGGUUUUAAAGUUCAGCAUAUUGAACAAAUUAGUGACUUGCCACCUGCUGAGGAACUAGCAACAGAGCUAUUCCCAGAAGCCAUGCAAACACUGCUGCUUCAUUGGAUGGGCUUAACUGAGGAGUCCACCGUGGAGAGGAGACACAGCGAGUACCCAAUCCUGCUCCUUAUCCUCGAGUUUGCAAACCACAACCUCAUCACAGGCGUGGCUCAUGUGCUGUACUCCAGUCUUAUAUGUAAAUAGUGGAAUUCACUGAGGCAUCAAUACAGAGACCUGAAAUGUAAAACAUUUCCAGUAUUCUAAUAAAUGUGAUUUUGAUCAAUA